AUGCGCCGGCCACUGACCAACACACUCCUCGCCCGCAUGACCUCAUUGAAUCCUCAUAAGAUAUCAAGCGAGCAGAACCCCGUUGCAGCACUUGAAAUAAAGGAAGUCCAGGAAGGCGUUAAGCAGAUCGUCUUUGCGAAUCUCCACUGGCUGGAGUAUGCGGAUCGCAACAAUGUCUUCAAAGCACUCAUGGCCACAGAUCAACCCCCAGAGGAAGAGAUUCAAAGUUUCCCCAAGGGCUGGGACCAGAAGAUCUUGCAGAUCCAACUGGGCAGGGCUCCCGUCACCGAGAGCAGUGAUCCAUAA